AUGGAGAGUCUUUUGCAUGCAAGUGCAAAUAAUGGCUUACAAGCACAAUAUGCAGAGAAUAUUCAGUGGGUGGUGUUUGGAUGGAAAGUGGAACAGGAAGAGCAAGAAGAACCGUUACCAUGUCCAUCAUGGGAGGGACUUCAAUCCACUUCUAUUAUGGGAAGAUUAAUUUCAUCACUUCCACCCACUUCCAACAUGGGAAACAUUUUCACCACCGGUUGGUGUGAAUGGCACGAGUGUAAGUGA